AUGAAUAUUUAUUUAUUUUUAUUAUUAUUUAGUUUCCAGUAUGUUCACUCAAUUUCAGCCGUUGGAUCUCCGAUCAACAUAUGGCCCAAACCUAGAAUCUUCACCUGGACCACCCCACAGGCGAUCCCUUUCUCCCCGUCCUUCACCAUAUCUUCACCAUCCCACCCCUACCUAACUUCCGCCGUUAACCGUUACCUCCGUCAAAUCCAAGCCGCUCACUACAACCCUUUGGUCGUUCCGCCCAUCAACGUCACCGUCUCCCUACCGUUACAAACCUUAACCAUCACCGUAUCGGAUCUCGCAGCGACGCUCUCACAUGGCGUCAAAGAAUCCUAUACGCUCACCGUCCCGUCCAACGACGCCUCCGCUAUGCUCACGACAGCGACGCCUUGGGGAGCCAUGAGAGGGCUAGAGAGCUUCUCGCAGCUGGUGUGGGGAAACCCUGCCGUAGUGGCGGCAGGAUUGGUGAUCUCGGACUGGCCUAUGUUCGAGCAUAGAGGGAUUCUUCUGGAUACUUCGAGGAAUUACUAUGGUGUUGAGGAUCUGUUGAGGUUGAUUGGGGGUAUGAGUGCGAAUAAACUGAAUGUCUUCCAUUGGCACAUCACGGAUUCGCAUUCGUUUCCGUUGGCUUUAAAGUCGGAGCCGGAACUUGCCGGAAAAGGAUCUUACGGGUCGAGCAUGCAGUAUUCGACGGAGGAUGUAAAGCGGAUCGUCCAAGUCGGGUUGGAACACGGAGUCCGAGUCAUUCCGGAGAUCGAUAUGCCAGGACAUACGGGAUCAUGGGCUGAAGCUUAUCCGGAGAUUGUAGCUUGUGCCAACAUGUUCUGGUGGCCGGCAGGGUCCCCAUGGGAAGAUCGGCUUGCAGCCGAACCAGGAACUGGUCACCUGAACCCGUUAAUACCCAAGACGUACGACGUUGUCAAGAACAUCGUCAAAGAAAUGACAACCCUGUUCCCGGAUUCAUUUUUUCAUGCCGGAGCCGAUGAGAUCAUUCCAGGUUGUUGGAAGGCUGACGACACCAUCCAAAAGUAUCUUGCCAGUAACGGGACUCUCAGUCAGGUCCUCGAGAUCUUCAUCAACUCGACCAACCCUUACAUUUUGUCGCUUAACCGAACCGUCGUCUAUUGGGAGGAUGUUAUUCUCGAUGCUGAAAUCAAGGUGAAUCCUUCGAUUCUCCCUCCCGAGACCACCAUCAUGCAAACAUGGAACGGUGGCCCGAACAACACAAAAAAACUGGUGUCAGCCGGUUACCGAACUAUAGUGUCCUCCUCCGAUUACUAUUACUUGGAUUGUGGACACGGGGAUUUUGUCGGGAAUAACAGUGCUUACGAUCAACCACCGGGUUUCGAACAGGGAAAGGGCGGAUCAUGGUGUGGGCCGUUCAAGUCAUGGCAAUUGAUAUACAAUUACGAUAUAACAUACGGGYUAAAMGARACCGAGGCAAAGUUGGUCUUGGGUGGGGAGGUGGCUUUGUGGUCCGAGCAGGCAGACCCAACAGUUCUUGAUUCACGGAUUUGGCCUCGAGCCUCGUCUAUGGCUGAGGUGUUGUGGUCCGGGAAUCGGGAUGAGACCGGGAAGAAGAGGUAUGCGGAGGCCACAAAUAGGUUGAACGAGUGGAUUAACCGAAUGGUUAGCCGAGGGGUGAAAUCCGAACCAAUCCAACCGCUAUGGUGCAUUCGAAAUCCCGGCAUGUGUGAUACCCUUAACCCCGUCUGACAUUUUUAUAUUCGAAAACAUGUCGUUAUGAUUAAAAGAUAAAAAAAUUACGAGUGAUUU